UUUUUUUUUCAAAUUGGAUACGAAGGAAAAGGGGCUAGAGAGAUUAAAGUACUCUGGUCUGUCGAGGGUUUUAGACUUUUGAUUAGGAGCCAAAUCAAAAAACCUCAGUCGAAGCAUAAACUAUUUUUUAGGGUGAUGGCUAUGUUGGUGAGACGAGCUCUGUCGUCGGGUCGAAAUGCGAUUGGGUUUCUCAGAAGAAGCUCCUCCGUUGUUCAAUCUCGCGAUUUCUUCUCCAUGUCUUCUUCUUCUUCUUCUUCUUCACCAAACCGGAUGAUGAUAGGCAGCCGAGAUUCGCAAUUCGAUUUGUCCCAUAUGCCCGAUUUCCUCAGAGAUUCUCGUCGAGGCUUCGCUAAAGGCAAAAAAUCAAAGGACGAUUCAUCGGGGAUGGUGGACGCUUCUCCAGAUAUCGGGCCUAGCGUGAAAGCAGCUGCCUCUUCUCAGAUGGAGGCCGCCAUCGAUGCCUUGUCUCGUGAUUUAACUAAACUCCGUACCGGCAGAGCUGCUCCUGGAAUGCUUGAUCAUAUUGUUGUUGAAACGGGAGGUGUCAAGAUGCCUCUCAAUCACUUGGCUUUGGUCUCUGUCCUCGAUCCUAAGACUUUGUCUAUCAAUCCUUAUGAUCCCGAUGUACCCUUUCCUUUCCUUUCU